GCAUUAGUAAAAGUUCAAUAAAUUAGAAUGGCGAUAAAUAUAUGUAUGCGUAAGCUCCAGCAGCAUGUUUUAAUUGGGAAUUGCAAGACGAUAAGGAUAUUUGAGAAGAAGAUUUUGCCGUCUGUUCGAAAUGUAAAUUACCUUGCAAAUAUGGGACCUAUUUCAGAAACACAUGAAAUGCUUCGAAGGACUUGUGCUGAUUUUGCAGAAAAAGAACUCAUUCCAAUUGCAGGUGAACUUGAUAGGAAUCACACUUUUCCACGGGAGCAAAUAAAGAAAAUGGGGGAUAUGGGACUAAUGGCACUUGACACACCUGGAGAAUAUGGUGGGGCUGGAUUGGACUACUUGGCAUAUGCUAUUGCUAUGGAAGAAAUUAGCAGAGGGUGUGCAUCUACUGGUGUUGUUAUGACAGUCAACAAUUCUCUGUAUCUUGGUCCAAUAAAUAAAUGGGGAACAGAAGAACAAAAAGAACAAUUCAUAAAACCUUUUACCGAUGGCAGUAAAGUUGGUUGCUUUGCACUAAGUGAACCUGGUAAUGGAUCUGAUGCGGGCGCUGCGUCGACAACCGCUACAUUGGAUGGUGAUUCAUGGGUGUUGAACGGUACGAAAGCCUGGAUAACAAAUGCUCAUGAAGCAUCUGCCACCGUUGUGUUUGCAACUACUAACAAAGAAAAGCUCCACAAAGGGAUUAGUGCUUUUCUAGUCCCAAUGCCAACACCUGGUCUUAGUCUUGGGAAGAAAGAAGAUAAGUUGGGAAUUAGAGCUUCUUCUACCGCUUCCCUUAUAUUUGAAGACUGUCGAAUACCCAAAGAAAAUCUUUUGGGAGAGAGCGGAUUUGGUUUCAAAAUUGCAAUGCAGACACUGGAUGCUGGCAGAAUCGGUGUAGCAUCCCAGGCACUUGGUAUUGCUCAAGCAUCAUUGGAUUGUGCAGUUGCUUAUUCUAAAGACAGGAAAGCAUUUGGAAUGAGCAUCAACAAACUGCAAGCCAUUCAAUUCAAGCUUUCUGAAAUGGCAGUCCGAAUAGAAAGCGCACGAUUGCUGAACUGGAGGGCAGCUAUGCUAAAAGACGCUGGUAAUAAUUUUACGAAAGAGGCAGCGAUGGCCAAACUAGCAUGCUCAGAAACUGGCACCUAUGCUGCUCACCAAGCUAUGCAAAUAUUGGGGGGAAUGGGCUAUGUUACUGACAUGCCAGCAGAACGUCAUUAUAGAGAUGCUAGAAUAACAGAAAUUUAUGAGGGCACAAGUGAAAUUCAGCACCUGGUUAUUGCUGGCCAAUUAUUGAAGGAAUAUGAACAUUAAGUGAAUAUCUGUUUAGGAAAUUUGGAGAUGAUAGAUUUUUCAUUCUGUAUUUGGUGAAGCUAAAUAAUCUUUAUACUGUAAAUUUAGUAUUUAUUGUUGUUUAUAUUUUGCGCGAUCGAUUUAAUCGUUAGAUAUUGAUUUGAAUUAUUUUGUUGUUUAUCUUCAAUUACUUGAUGUUAAUUGUAGUAUCUAGUUGGUGCCUCACAUUACUGGAACAAUAACCCUGAAAUUCGAGACACCAUGUGUAGAAAGUAUCUUGUAGUAAUACAUCAUCAAAUAAAUUGCCUGGUAUUUCCAAGAAUUUAGUUAAUUACAUAUUAAUUAAUAUAGCAUAUUGGUAAAAACAGUCACUUUGUAUUUGUUGUUCCACUUUGAUUUUCUAGAAUGUACCAAUUUCUCACGGUUCUUAUUCAACUUAAGUACAUUGGUAUGUAUCAAGCAUCAUGAUUAAAAAGUAUAGAAGCUUGGUGGUUGAUGCAAUUGGCGAAGGGAUUUAGUGGGGCAGAAUAAUGGACUGUGAUAGAUCCCUUAAGCAGCUAAAUUAUCAGCUACAUAGUAAGUAGUUAUUUGUAAUUAAAAACAAUGAGGCAAAGCAAUGCUGAACAUAUUUGAACAAAAAAAAAAAAACUUGUUUUGAAGAAAAA